UGAGAGGGUGGGAGAGGGAGUCAGAGCCUGGGAGAGUGAGCACGAGAGAGGAUGCGAAGAGCGAGAGAGUUAGAUGAAAUCAAUGCAACAGAGGAGGCCGAUUAAAAGAGAAAGUAAGAAGAAGAGAGAGAGAGAGAGAGAGAGAGAGAGAGAGAGAGAGAGAGAGAGAGAGAGAGAGAGAGAGAGAGAGACAGUGUGUGUGAGUGUGUGAGUGUGUGUGUGUCGUGCAGCGCUGUGCUGGUCCGCUCGGUGAUCUGUCUCCAUCUGGGUGCCAUCUGCGUCUCUGGCUCUGGCCUCCGCCGCACUGGAGCUCACAUAUGUGGGAAUGCAAACACAUGCCUGACAUAUGAAGGCGUGGAGUCAGAGAGAGAGAGAGAGAGAGAGAGAGAGAGAGAGAGCGAGAGAGAGAGACACACAACAAGGCAAAAAGGAUAAGAGAGCAACAGCACCACACUGCAGCUGACUUUCUCCACGGACUCAGGAGUGGACUCUACUAGAGAGGAGACAGUAGAGAGAAGAAGAGCCCUGCCAUGCCCGGUUCUCCUGUGGAUGCUAAGACUCAUUCCAGAUCAGCCCCCAGCAGCAGCAGCAGCCUCACGAUGCCCCCCCUGCCCUCUGUCAACCCCAGCGGCCCUCGACCGGCCUCUUUUUCCACCACAGCAUUGACCAACGGGAAUCAUCAUUCCCCGCCAACCUUGAACGCAGUGCCAUCUCCGCCGCAGCGCUACAGCAACGGACCGUCCUCCUCCUCGUCCUCAUCGCUAGCAAACCAGCAGCUGCCCGCCACCUGUGGGGCUCGCCAGCUGAGCAAGCUGAAACGUUUCCUGACCACGCUGCAGCAGUUUGGCAACGACAUCUCCCCCGAGAUCGGAGACAGCGUUCGGAGCCUAGUGCUGGCCCUCGUGAAUUCCACAGUUACCAUUGAAGAGUUUCACUCACGACUUCAGGAGGCCACCAACUUUCCCCUACGGCCUUUCGUUAUUCCUUUUCUCAAGGCAAACCUACCCCUGCUGCAGAGGGAGCUGCUCCACUGUGCACGGGCCGCCAAGCAAACCCCAGCCCAGUACCUGUCCCAGCACGAGCACCUCCUGCUCAGCACCACCCUCGCCUCCUCUCCAGACUCCUCCGAGCUGCUGAUGGAGCCUCCUGAUGCUGCCAUGAAGAGACACAGCCCCAGCAGGGCGAAAGAGAACGGUUUCCACGAACGUCCGCCCGUAGCCAUGGAGCCGGCCGCGAAACGAAUUUGCACCAUCAGCCCUGCUCCCCGACACAGCCCCGCCCACCCGAUGCCCCUCAACUCCCAGCUCCACCCGACCCCUCCUCCCCUGCAGCACUACGCCCUGGACGACAUCGCAGCGCCGCACAUCCUCCACCGCGAGCACAGCCAGCGCUUGCUGGAGAUCCGAGAGCUCAAAGACAGACCCAGGCUCCCUGGAACUAACGGGGGUUACCGUGAAGAGCCGGUGGACCACAGACUGACAGACCGAGAGUGGGCUGAUGAAUGGAGGCAUCUGGACCAUGUGUUGAACUGCAUUGUGGACAUGGUGGAGAAGACACGGAGGUCAGUGAGCGUGCUCAGACGGUGCCAGGAGUCAGAUCGCGAGGAGCUCAACUACUGGAGGCGACGCUCAAGCGAGCAGGAGGACCCACGCAAAGGAGGCUCGGGCUCCGCUCCCUUCUCCAAGACACACAGCCCCCACUCUGCAGAGUCAGACUCCCAGCGUGACUUCGCACCACGGCCAGGCUCAGCAUACGUUACAGAUGAGAUCUGGAGGAAAGCUGAAGAGGCGGUGAACGAGGUGAAGCGUCAGGCCAUGGACGAGGUUCAGAAAGCCGUUGCCGAGGCCGAGCAGAAAGCUUUUGAGAUGAUCGCGUCAGAAAGGGCGAAGAUGGAUAAGACUCUGGCGGAUGCAAAGAAGAAGGCUCAAGAGGACGCCGUCAGUGUCAUCAACGAACAGGAGGACUCCAGUGAGUGUUGCUGGAACUGUGGGCGCAAGGCGAGCGAGACGUGCAGCGGCUGCAACGCGGCUCGCUACUGCGGCUCCUUCUGCCAGCACAAAGACUGGGAGAGGCACCACCUCAUCUGCAGCCCGGGACUUCAGGCUCAACCCAAAUCCGUUUCUGCCAUCACAGCAAGCCGGGUGGCCGCUGCAGCCUCUGCAGCGGCAGCAACCAGGGGGUCCCCCGCGGGCCUGGCCGGGGUUAAGGCCUCCGACAGCGCGCCUUCGGUCUCCAGUCCUGGUGGCGACAAGGCCUCGGUCGCUUCUCGCUCCUCCACCCCCUCCACCCCCGCCUCAGGCCCCGAGGCGAACGGACAUUAGAGGGCGAAGGACGUCAGUGGUUAACUCGUCACCGAUCCUCUUCCUCAACGGGGAGGAAUUGAAUCAGCACAAUGUGGGAGCUACAUGUGGGUUAAGUUAGGAUAACAGAUUUCUCAUCAUAAUCUUUGGCAGAUAAAACAGGGACAGAUUAUGGAUGACUGUUGUGGGUGCUAUGUCAACUGGGACGCAGGCGUUGGCAAAGGACAGACGGACUCGUCUCAAACGCAUCCAUUGGAAAACAGAUCCUCUCCUAACAGAUGGAAACGUCUUUGUCCAAAACCCCAAAUCUUGGACGUGCGAGAGGAGGGAAAGACUGUCGAUAGAUCUCACUUUAUCUCCGGCUGCGCGGAGGAAGUUACGAAAAGGAGACAAGACAGAGAAAGACGCCUCCCCUCAGCUGAUAUUCUCACGUUGUUGUGUAUAGAUUUUAAUAUAGGGAGGUGGUGGUGUUCAAUGUAAACAGUUUAAUAGUACCAGCCAUAAAGCACCGGCCCUCCUCCUGUAGGAGAAACCCUACAGCAGACGACACAACACCGUCUCUGCAGCUUUCCUGUACACGUAAAAACAUUUGCUCGCCAGGUUUUGUUAUGUUCGUGUCAAAUGGUCGUGCCGUCAGUGAUUAUUGUAAAUCAUACGAUUCCGUUCCGUCAAAGCAAUAUUAAAAAAAUGAAGUGUUCGGGUAUCACAACACGGUUUCUGCAUCACCAAAGUUUCCGGUCGCUAAAGAGAGAGUCGUCGUCAUUGCCUGUAAAUGCCUUCGUGAACAACAGAUAAUUAUACACAUGUUCAAUGAGCUGGAGUGGGAACUGUCUUGUCGUUUAUUCAUUCCUGAUCAGCAGACCUCGUCACAGAGGUGAAGGUGACGGUGGUUGUGACGAUUCAGGGCAGAAACACCCAGUUUUGACUUUGUUCUUGUUGCAGUUUCAUUUUGGCACUUGUUCACGUCGUCGGCCGUGUAACGACAGGGUCAGACGUCGCUGCAAAUCCUCCUCCGCCGCCGCAAUGUUCCCAUCAGACAUUUGUAAAGAAAAACACUCGCUGGUGCUGCAGUGCAGGGUUUAGAGCGGUGACUCUGUCCCACAGAGAAUCUCAGGAGCUAAGCUUGUAUGUGUGUGUGUGUGUGUGUGUACAGAUCAUUCUUUGUUUUCUUUUCUUUUGUCACAGUUAGAUUAAAGUCAGACGUUUAGUGCAGAACUUUGAUGUAUCGUAUUCUACUGUUACAGCUGAGACGUCGUCCUGGUUUCCGUUCGGUGUAAGAUGACUUUGUAAAGAAUAUUAUGAGAGAAUGCCUUUAUUUUGUGAGCCACGAUAUUUUUUUUCCCCCUUCGUCCUUCAAACACGUUUCUUUUGUUAUGAGGCAUAAAAACUUCAUAUGAAAACAAAAACUAUCAUAAAAUGAAAUAAAGAAAUAGAAUGUU